AUGAGCGAGCAUGCGCCUGAGGUUAUAUUGCAGCACAAUGCCAAAAAGCGAAGGUCAAAGAAAAAAACGGGUGAAAAACAGGCAAGUUCGGGAAGAUCGAAAAAGCUGAAUCAAAAACAACAACUUUUGAAACAAAGCCUUGAGACGCGCAAAGCCUUUGAGCAGUUAUCUUUGGAAUGGCAAGAAAAACUUUACGAGACCGUUCAACUCCAUGUAUUGCAAGAAUCGGCGAAAUAUCUACGACCGCAACAGUACCUAGAGGUCAUUGAAGAAAGAAACGUUGAUAACUUGUGUGGGUAUCCCCUUUGUUCCAAUGCUCGACAAGUGAUUAAAGGACAAUUCCGGAUAUUGAAUCGAGAAAGGAUAAUAUAUGACUUGACAGAAUUGAAAUGUUAUUGUUCGACGAUUUGCUUCACUUCUUCAAAAUUUUUUGCUACACAACUAUCUGAUGAGCCUUUAUAUCUCAGAGAUCUAAAAGCUUGGAGAGCGGUGGAAGUAAUUCCACUUGGUGUCGACACAUAUUUAUCACGUGCAACAUUAAGGGAAAUCGUUAAACAGGAAUUGGAUUCGAAAAGGUUUAAUGACGAGAAAAAUACUCGUAGAGAUUAUGUGAAAAGCUUGAUGACCGAUCUUCCAACUGCGCCUCCGGGAUUAUGCAUUAAAGAAAAGGAUGUCCAGGAGCCAAUAAUGACGUUUGGUCAAGGUCACGCAUAUGAUGCGAUAGAAGGGUAUCGCAUAGAUUUUCAAAAAGUUGGAGACUCGGAAAAAAAUAAAUCCCCAACACUCUUGUUGCCAAAAGAAACAGGUGUCAACAAUGAGGACGAAAAAUUGAAAACGGAAGAAGAAGAAUACGAGUUAGCAAUGUCAAUUGCUAAUUCGAUGUUUAAGAAUGGUCGAUUUCAAUAUUCUGAAACUGAAGAUCAAGAAGAUACCGUGUUAAAUGAAUCCCAAAAGCAAGUUCUAAAGAAACAAGAUGUGAUACCGAAAGAACCUUUUAGGACACCCUCGGACAACACAGAAAAUAGUUUGGUUAAAAAUGAACAAUCCCCUACUAAAUCAAGUAAUUCAAAGAAGUCUCAUAAUAACACGCCUGUAAAGAAAAGAAGAGAAGUUUUGCAGAUGUCAUUGUUUGGUAGAAUCUGGACAGCUCUGGAUCGAAUGACAACUUCGUAUACGAGGUUCUACUUUAAGAAAUUAGGCCUUCUCAAUAUAGAUGAUGCAGAUACAAAACAGAAAGUAGUACUGGAAGAACCAUAUCGAAAUCCGGAAGAUAACGAGAUAAUGAUUACAAGAAUUCAAAUAUUCACUGAGAAGGUCAUGGAAUGCUUUUACCUUCUAAAGUCGCAACUCUCGAUUACUGUCAACAUCGAAAGUGAACUCAUAGAACUAAUGAGCACAUUUACACUUGAUAAUACAUCAGUCAUGCGGAGUAAUUUAGAAAACAACAUAUUAUGUAUGGUGUUUAUAUAUGCCUUAUCGGUCGAUAUCCCACAGCUUCGCGAAAACAUUUUUGCGCCUAAUCCCAAUGAUGACAAUCGCGGAUUAUUCGUUGUUCUUCUUGAAAGCAUGAACAUGACCAUCGAAGAAUUAGAUGCUUUUAUUAGAAUUCUUCGUGUUGGAUCGACUUAA